CAAACAUCAGGGAUGUCUACAAACAUGUCUACAAACAUGUCUACAAACAUCAGGGAUGUCUACAAACAUCAGGGAUGUCUACAAACAUGUCUACAAACAUCAGGGAUGUCUACAAACAUGUCUACAAACAUGUCUACAAACAUCAGGGAUGUCUACAAACAUCAGGGAUGUCUACAAAUAUCAGGGAUGUCUACAAACAUCAGGGAUGUCUACAAACAUCAGGGGUGUCUACAAACACGUCUACAAACAUGUCUACAAACAUGUCUACAAACAUCAGGGAUGUCUACAAACAUCAGGGAUGUCUACAAAUAUCAGGGAUAUCUACAAACAUGUCUACAAACAUGUCUACAAACAUCAGGGAUGUCUACAAACAUCAUGGGUGUCUACAAACAUGUCUACAAACAUCAGGGAUGUCUACAAAUAUCAGGGAUAUCUACAAACAUGUCUACAAACAUGUCUACAAACAUCAGGGAUGUCUACAAACAUCAGGGAUGUCUACAAACAUGUCUACAAAUAUCAGGAAUGUCUACAAACAUGUCUACAAACAUCAGGGAUGUCUACAAACAUUAGGGAUGUCUACAAAUAUCAGGGAUGUCUACAAAUAUCAGGGAUAUCUACAAACAUCAGGGAUGUCUACAAACAUGUCUACAAACAUCAGGGAUGUCUACAAACAUGUCUACAAACAUCAGGGAUGUCUACAAACGUCAGGGAUGUCUACAAACAUGUCUACAAACAUCAGGGAUGUCUACAAACACGUCUACAAACAUCAGGGAUGUCUACAAACAUCAGGGAUGUCUACAAACAUCAGGGAUAUCUACAAACAUGUCUACAAACAUCAGGGAUGUCUACAAACAUGUCUACAAACAUCAGGGAUGUCUACAAACAUGUCUACAAACAUCAGGGAUGUCUACAAACAUCAGGGAUGUCUACAAACAUCAGGGAUGUCUACAAACAUGUCUACAAACGUCAGGGAUGUCUACAAACACGUCUACAAACAUCAGGGAUAUCUACAAACAUCAAGGAUGUCUACUCAUUACUAGAUGGGAAAGUUGAUCAAUUGGGAUUUGUCUACAAUGAUGUUGAUCAAGUGGAAUUGUCUACAAAUAUGUUGAUCAAGUGGAAUUUGUCUACAAUGAUGUUGAGCAAGUGGAAUUUUUCUACAAAUAUGUUGAUCAAGUGGGAUUUGUCUACAAUGUUGAUCAAGUGGAAUUGUCUACAAAUAUGUUGAUCAAGUGGAAUUGUCUACAAAUAUGUUGAUCAAGUGGAAUU